AUGAACCCCGACUCCUACAACAACCCGCCCCAUCCACACCACCCAGACCGACACAACUCAACCGUCACCCCAGGCGUCGACAAUCUCGGCCCUGCAUCCGUCGGCGGCGGAAUCAGCGGCAUCGCCCUCGGCGUCGCAAAUUCCCACGAUCGCCUCAGCGGCAUCGACGCGGUCCGCAACAUGGACCACGAUCACAAUACUGACCAGCACGACGCCUUCAUCGGCCCGACUGAGCGCGGCUACCACACCACCGGCACCGACAAUCCCUACGUCCCACCUGCCGGCUACGGCUCUGCAGAGUCGCUCCAGCCUGAGCGCUCCUAUGGCUCCAACAUGGCCCUGCGCGGCGCUGCUGCUUCACCGGCCAUGCACACCCCAGGUCAAUCCUCCACCCGCCUCAGCGAGACCAGUGCCACCCGUCGCAGUAUGAUCGAUCAACAAUACCCCGGUCCCUACGGUGGUGGCAUUGUCAGUGACGGCCCGUACCAGCGCCAGUCGCAGUACAGCUCGAACAUCCCCGACAUUAACCCCAAUGAUAUCGCCGACGAUGGCGACGACGAGUACGUGCCAAACCGGAAUCGGGGCGCCCAGGCGAUGCCUGCGGCCGCAGCAGCGGCCGGGGCGCGGCUGCUGGGUCGAGGUUCGGUUUUUUUGGUGCGAACAAAGGGCCUGAACCUGCCUAUGGACCCGUCCCCGGCGGCAGCAAUGGUCUUGAAGCUGGCCAAGGCGAAGCGCGGUUGGAUCGCCGGUCUCAUCCUAGGAUUCAUCGUCAUCGGCGCGAUUGUCGGCGGUGCGGUGGGUGGAACGCUCGGAACGAAGCAUUCGGAUGGUCCGAGCCGCAGUGAUGGCAGCGCUGAGUCUGAUUCGGCGAAUAACGGCGAUCUUAAUAAGGAUUCUUCUGAGAUCAAAAGUCUCAUGAACAAUGACAAGCUGCACAAGGUCUUCCCGGGCAUGGACUACACGCCCUGGGGCGUGCAGUACCCGCUCUGCCAGAAGUAUCCACCCUCGCAGAACAAUGUCACCCGUGACAUGGCGGUGCUGUCACAACUUACCAACAACGUCCGACUAUACGGUACCGACUGCAACCAGACAGAGAUGGUCCUACAUGCGAUCGACCGCCUCGAACUUAAGGACAUGAAAGUUUGGCUAGGCGUCUGGAUCGACUCGAACGAUACAACGACCGACCGCCAACUAAAACAACUCUACAAGAUCCUAGACGACACCAAAGACACCUCCAUCUACAACGGUGUCAUCGUCGGCAACGAAGCGCUCUACCGCGCCGGCUCGACCAAGGCAACCGCAGAGAAGAACCUGAUCAGCUAUAUCAAGGACGUCCGCAGCGAGCUGAAGAAGCGCAGCAUCGAUUUCACCGUCGCUACCUCGGACCUAGGCGACAACUGGAACUCCCAGCUUGUCGAUGCCGUCGAUGCCGUCAUGUCCAACGUCCACCCCUUCUUCGCUGGUGUCAAUGUCGACAAUGCCGCGUCCUGGACGUGGGAUUUCUGGCAAAAUCACGACGUGAGCCUCACCAAGGGCACGAACAAGAAACAAAUCAUUUCCGAGGUCGGCUGGCCCAGCGGUGGUGGCAAGGAUUGCGGUGGAAGCGAUGUCUGCAACAAAGAUACGCCGGGUUCCGUGGCUAGUAUCGAGAACAUGAACAAGUUCAUGUCUGACUGGAUUUGCCAGGCACUGGAGAAUGGAACCGAUUACUUCUGGUUCGAAGCCUUCGACGAACCGUGGAAAAUCCAAUUCAACACUAAAGACCAGAACUGGGAAGACAAGUGGGGUCUCAUGGAUUCCGCCCGGAAGGUCAAAGACGGCCUGAAGAUCCCGGAUUGUGGAGGGAAGACUGUUUCUUGA